GAAUGAGGAGCAGACAGAUCUUGCAUUUUUACGUAAACGCUACGAUUCCAAUCUUUUCAUACACUUUCUCAAUCCUAGUUUUUACUCUUCCAAAUCAACUCUGUCUUCAAAACCCCUAAUCCAAAUUUUGCAAUUUCAACUUUGUAGGGGAACAUCGGAAGGCUGAUUCUGGAUUCCCUUUUGAUCCCACCAGCUCUAAUCGAUUCUACUUGAAAGUUAUAUGCUAAUCUUUAGCUGAAAUUCUGUAAAUUUGCAGGUGUUCUAGGUCAACCCUUCUUGAUUCUUAUUUAUCUUGCAAUUAGAUUUGUGGGAAAUUCAUCAAGCUUCAUGUUUGUACCUGAAUCAUUGUUUGAGUGAUCUGGGUUGCUGUUAGAUUAGAUAGAUACCCACCAACAUUAAGCUUCUGAUACUUGCUAACUAUAAAAAUGGAUGUAAGCAAUGAGGCAAGUGUUGAUCCAUUCUUAAUCGGACCAUCUACGAUUAUUGGCCGGACUAUUGCUGUAAGAGUUCUAUUCUGCAAUUCAAUGAAUCACUUUCGGCACCAGGUUCUUCAUUUGUUGCUUUAUUACAUUGAAAGAGUUAAGACGAAUGUAUCCGCCGUUGUUACACCUGCAAACUCAUGGUUGCAUCCAAGGAACCCGCAAGGGAUACUAUUGUUGGUGAUACUAAUAGCUUUUGUACUCAAACGGUAUAGUAAGGUGAAAACAAGGGCUGAGAUGGCUUAUAAGCGGAAAUUUUGGAGAAAUUUGAUGAGAGCUGCGAUAACGUAUGAAGAAUGGGCUCAUGCUGCUAAGAUGUUGGAUAAAGAAACUCCUAAAACGAUUGAACACAACCUGUAUGAUGAAAUGCUUGUGAGAAGUAAACUUGAAGAACUCAGGCAUCGUCGUGAAGAGUGUUCGCUUAGAGAUAUUGUAUUCUGUAUGCGGGCUGAUCUCGUUAGAAAUCUUGGUAAUAUGUGCAAUCCAGAACUUCAUAAAGGCAGGCUUCAGAUGCCAAAACUCAUAAAAGAAUACAUUGAUGAGGUCUCUACACAGUUGAGAUUGGUUUGUGAUUCCAACUCUGAUGAGCUUCAUCUGGAAGAAAAACUCGCGUUUAUGCACGAAACCCGCCAUUCUUUUGGAAGAACGGCUUUGCUUUUAAGCGGUGGUGCUUCUCUUGGAGCUUUCCAUGUGGGUGUGGUGAAAACAUUAGUUGAACAUAAGCUUCUUCCCCGGAUAAUCUCUGGUUCUAGCGCCGGAUCCAUUAUCUGUUCGAUUGUAGCCACUAAAUCCUGGCCUGAGCUUCAAAGCUUCUUCAACGACUCAUGGCAUUCGUUACAGUUUUUUGAUCAAAUCGGUGGAAUCUUUAGCGUUUUCAAGAGGGUUAUGACACAGGGAGCGAUUCAUGACAUCAGACAUUUGCAGGCGGUCUUAAGGAACCUGACGAAUAAUCUUACGUUCCAAGAAGCAUAUGAUAUGACAGGUCGGAUUCUCGGGAUCACGGUAUGCUCGCCAAGGAAACAUGAACCUCCAAGAUGUCUCAGUUACUUGACUUCACCUCAUGUGGUUAUUUGGAGUGCAGUGACUGCUUCUUGUGCUUUUCCUGGAUUAUAUGAAGCUCAAGAACUAAUGGCUAAGGACCUCAGUGGAGAAAUUGUUCCAUAUCAACCAUCAUGGGGGCGGGAAGAGGCCAACGCCGCCUCUUUCCGGCGGUGGAGGGAUGGUAGUUUGGAGAUUGAUUUGCCCAUGAUGCAAUUGAAAGAGCUUUUCAAUGUGAAUCAUUUCAUCGUGAGUCAAGCGAAUCCUCAUAUCGCUCCGUUGCUCAGGUUGAAAGAAUUCAUGAGAGCUUAUGGAGGCAAUGUUGCUGCAAAGCUUGCUCAAUUAGUCGAGAUGGAGGUGAAACACCGAUGCAACCAGGUGUUAGAACUUGGUUUUCCGUUGGGAGGACUUGCAAAACUUUUCGCUCAAGAUUGGGAGGGUGAUGUCACUGUUGUUAUGCCAGCAACCGUAGCUCAGUACUUGAAGAUCAUACAGAAUCCAUCUCAUUUAGAGCUUCAAAAAGCUGCAAACCAAGGGAGGAGAUGUACGUGGGAGAAACUCUCAGCCAUAAAAGCGAAUUGUGGGAUCGAGCUUGCUCUCGAUGAAUGUGUUGCGAUUCUGAAUCACGUGCGUAGGCUGAAACGGAGUGCAGAAAGAGCAGCCGCAGCUUCUUCCCGGGGCCCACCAAACAUGGUUCGAUUCAACGCCUCCAAAAGAAUCCCGUCAUGGAACUGCAUCGCUCGAGAUAACUCAUCGGGUUCACUCGAUGACGUUAAUUCUUGGCGACCCCACCAUGACGGAAGUGAUAGCGAGUCUGAGAACAACGAGCCGAACUCGUGGACAAGAUCUGGUGGGCCCUUAAUGAGGACACCAUCAGCUGAUGAAUUCGUGGAUUUCGUUCAAAACUUGGAAACAGGUUCCAAAUUCGACAACUUGAGGAUCGUGUCGGAAAUCGACAUACGGGAUACGAGCAAUCGAGUUCAUACAAGAAGUGACCACAUCACGAUUACCGACGGCGAUUUUCUGCAGCCGGAGAGGAUCCACGAUCAUAUCGUGUUUAACGUUAUGAGGACACAAGACCAUGCCCCGUCGAAUUCAGAAAACAACUCGCAUCCCGACUUUGUUGCUGAAUGUGUGCAACUUGAGUGUCCCCAUAACGAGAAUGAUGGCAGCUCGACUUCUGAAUACGGUGUUUGUGACGAUGAAUCGAGAAGUGACGUCAAGGAUGACGACCAUAUAGUAUCUGAUGAUAACGACAACGACGAUGACAAAGACGAUAACAAAAGUACUGAAGGCCACUAAGGCCAUCCAGUACGGUGAGAUUAUCAUCAUCUAUCACGUUCUAUUAUGUGUCAUUUUCUUUAGCAAAUACUAUACACUUCAUUUGUGACCACAAGUAUAUAAGUUGUAUAUAAAUUUCU